AUGCUGUCUUUUUGCUUUCCUCGCUGCCUGCUCCCCCUCCCACCCCUCAAGGCUAUUAUCGGAGAUCUAUCUGAAGCUCUUAAACGGAUCUCAUCCUCCUCUUCCUCCUCCUUCCUCUCUCUCCCACAUUCUACCUCCCUCCUUUACACUUUCUCCAUCUCCUUCUUCCACCAGUCCAGUCCAUUCCACUGCAAUGUGAUGCCCGAGGAAGCCAGAGCAGUUGUCUUUGAAGCACUGGAGCACUCACAAAGCAUUAAUCUUUCCCAGGAAGUGGUCUCUGUUUCCAAUAACAAAACGACGCACAUUGCAAUAGACCGCACACCAACCACCGAGCUCAUUAACGCGUAA